AUGAAACUUCCGUCACCGUCGUUACCGUUACUCCUCCUUCUCCACCUCCUCUCAGCCACUAUCUCCGCCGCUCCUUCCCUCUCUCCGACUCCUUCUCCGACCAUCUCUCCCGUUCCUCGCUCCUCUCCCACUCCUCACACCUCUCCCAUUCCUCGCACAUCCUCUUCCCCAUUAGACCCAAAACAGCUCAAAGCCCUCGAAUCUCUCAACAUCCCCACCGUCAAAAACCCCUGCAACCACCUCCCCUCCAAAUCCACCCCCACCGCCGUCGUAACCUGCGACGCCGGCUCCCCAUUUCGCCUCGUCACCUCCAUCUCCUUCACCAACUGCUCCUCCGAUCUCUCCAUCUCCUCCACAGCUCUCAGAGCCCUCUCCCCAUCUCUAACCUCCCUCUCUUUCCUCAACUGCCCUUCUCUCUCCCUUCCGCCGCGUCUCCCCGAAUCCCUCCACUCCUUCUCCGCCGUCUCUUCCUUCCUCCGCCACCGCAAUGGCCUCUCCGGAAUCUUCCUAGCUCGUCUCGUUAACCUCACUGACCUCACAAUCUCCUCCGUCCCCGUCUCCACCUCCGGCCUCUACGUCAUCCUCGGAAAUAUGCACGACGUCGUCUCCCUCACGAUCUCUCACGCCAAUCUCUCCGGCAACAUCCCCAAAUCCUUCCACUCGAAUCUCACAUUCAUCGAUUUGUCAGACAAUCUGCUCAAAGGCCCAAUUCCCACUUCGAUUACUCUACUCUCCAACCUCAAAUCGCUAAACUUGUCCGGCAAUUCGAUCUCCGGUGACAUUCCCGACGGAAUCGGCGACCUGAUUUCGCUGAAAAACCUCUCUUUAGCUUCCAACAAGCUAUCAGGUCCAAUCCCAGAUUCGAUCUCGUCGAUCCCGGAGCUAACUCAUCUAGAUCUGAGCGGAAACCAGCUAAACGGCACCGUUCCGAGAUUCAUCUCGAAGAUGAAGUACCUCACACACUUGAAUCUCGCUAACAAUGCCUUCAAUGGAGUCCUUCCUUUCAAUGCGAGCUUUCUCAAGAAGCUCGAAGUGUUCAAAAUCGGAGGGAACAGUGAUCUCUGUUACAACCGCACUGCGUUGUCGUCGAAGAUGAAAUUGGGUAUUGCUCAGUGCGAUAAACACGGUUUGCCACUGUCUCCGCCGCCGCAGAAGGAGGAUUCGAGUUCAGAUUACGAUUACGAUAAUGAAGAUGAGAGUAGUGAGAAGAAGAAGGAAGAGCAUCAUGGUCCUAAUAAGGUUGUGCUUGGUGUUGCCAUUGGACUUUCUUCGCUUGUGUUCUUAAUCAUCUUCUUGAUCCUUCUCGCCAAAUGGUGUGGUUGA